AUGAUAGCAGAUGAUGAAGUGGUUCUACAGUGUACUGCAACCAUCCACAAAGAGCAACAGAAACUAUGUUUGGCAGCAGAAGGUUUUGGCAACAGACUUUGUUUUUUGGAGUCCACUUCCAAUUCCAAGAAUGUCCCACCAGAUCUCUCCAUCUGCACCUUCGUGUUGGAACAGUCCCUGUCUGUCCGGGCCCUGCAGGAGAUGCUGGCUAACACAAUGGAGAAGUCAGAAGGGCAAGUUGAUGUGGAAAAAUGGAAAUUCAUGAUGAAGACUGCUCAAGGAGGUGGUCAUCGAACACUUCUCUACGGACAUGCCAUAUUGCUGCGCCAUUCCUAUAGUGGCAUGUAUCUGUGCUGCCUGUCCACCUCCCGGUCUUCAACGGAUAAACUGGCCUUUGAUGUUGGCUUGCAAGAGGACACAACAGGUGAGGCGUGUUGGUGGACGAUACACCCUGCCUCUAAGCAGCGAUCAGAAGGAGAGAAGGUCCGAGUGGGAGAUGACCUCAUCUUAGUUAGCGUGUCCUCUGAAAGAUACUUGCACUUGUCCUAUGGCAAUGGCAACUUGCAUGUGGAUGCUGCCUUCCAGCAGACCCUCUGGAGCGUGGCCCCAAUCAGCUCAGGAAGUGAAGCUGCCCAAGGGUAUCUGAUUGGUGGUGAUGUUCUCCGGCUGCUCCAUGGACACAUGGAUGAAUGUCUCACUGUUCCCUCGGGCGACCAUGGAGAAGAGCAGCGGAGAAAUGUUCAUUAUGAAGGUGGUGCUGUAUCCAUUCACGCGCGUUCCCUCUGGAGACUGGAGACGCUUAGGGUGGCAUGGAGUGGAAGCCAUAUAAGGUGGGGCCAGCCCUUCCGACUACGCCAUGUGACAACAGGAAAAUACUUGAGUCUUCUGGAAGACAAAAAUCUUCUACUCAUGGAUAAAGAAAAAGCUGAUAUAAAAUCAACAGCAUUUACCUUCCGAUCUUCCAAAGAAAAAUUGGACGUAGGGAUAAGAAAAGAAGUAGAUGGUAUGGGGACAUCUGAAAUAAAAUAUGGUGACUCCGUAUGUUAUAUACAGCAUGUGGAUACAGGCCUGUGGCUUACUUACCAGUCUGUAGAUGUGAAGUCAGUGCGAAUGGGAUCUAUACAACGGAAGGCUAUUAUGCACCAUGAAGGCCACAUGGAUGAUGGCUUAAAUUUAUCUAGGUCUCAGCAUGAAGAAUCUCGUACAGCACGAGUAAUUCGUAGCACAGUCUUCCUUUUCAAUAGAUUUAUAAGGGGUCUUGAUGCUCUCAGCAAGAAAGUGAAGGCAUCCACAGUGGAUUUGCCUAUAGAGUCUGUAAGUCUGAGUCUGCAGGAUCUGAUUGGCUACUUCCACCCACCAGAUGAGCACUUAGAACACGAGGACAAGCAGAACAGACUACGAGCUCUGAAGAAUCGCCAGAAUCUCUUCCAGGAAGAGGGCAUGAUCAACCUCGUUCUUGAGUGCAUAGACCAGCUGCAUAUCUACAGUAGCGCCGCUCAUUUUGCCGAUGUUGCUGGGAGGGAAGCAGGAGAGUCCUGGAAAUCGAUUCUAAAUUCUCUGUAUGAGUUACUAGAGCAAGUUAUCAAAAAGAGUAUCUCGAAAUUACGGAAUGAACUGCAGCAGAAACACGUCCUGGUCCAGAAACAUCUGACCAAGCUGCAGCAUUGGCAGCAGGUGCUGGACAACAUCAGCGUGCAGCACAAAAAGCCGGCCGACCUCCCACUGGCUAAUCAUAAAUGUUCUUCUCCCUGCAUUGUUUUAUCUGUAGGCAUUCUUGAAGUUUUACACUGUGUGUUAGUGGAAAGUCCAGAAGCUCUAAAUAUUAUCAAAGAAGGACAUAUUAAAUCCAUUAUCUCCCUUCUGGACAAACAUGGAAGAAAUCACAAGGUUCUGGAUGUCUUGUGUUCACUCUGUGUUUGCCAUGGAGUUGCAGUUCGUUCUAACCAGCAUCUCAUUUGUGACAAUCUCCUACCAGGAAGAGAUCUGUUAUUGCAGACGCGUCUUGUGAAUCAUGUCAGCAGCAUGAGGCCUAAUAUUUUUCUGGGCGUCAGCGAAGGGUCUGCUCAGUAUAAAAAAUGGUACUAUGAGCUGAUGGUGGACCACACGGUGCCAUUUGUGACAGCUGAAGCAACACACCUCCGAGUGGGCUGGGCGUCCACUGAAGGGUACUCUCCCUACCCCGGAGGUGGCGAAGAGUGGGGUGGAAACGGUGUUGGAGAUGACCUGUUCUCCUAUGGAUUUGAUGGACUUCAUCUCUGGUCAGGUUGUAUUGCCCGGACUGUAAGCUCACCAAACCAACACCUGUUGAGAACAGAUGAUGUCAUUAGUUGCUGUUUAGAUCUAAGUGCCCCAAGCAUCUCCUUCCGAAUUAAUGGCCAGCCUGUUCAAGGGAUGUUUGAGAAUUUCAACAUUGAUGGCCUCUUCUUCCCAGUUGUUAGUUUCUCUGCAGGAAUAAAAGUACGCUUUCUGCUUGGCGGGAGACAUGGCGAAUUUAAAUUCCUUCCUCCACCUGGGUAUGCACCUUGCUAUGAAGCUGUUCUGCCAAAAGAAAAGCUGAAAGUGGAACACAGCAGAGAGUACAAGCAAGAAAGAACAUACACACGGGACCUACUGGGCCCCACGGUUUCCUUGACCCAAGCAGCCUUCACGCCGGUUCCUGUGGAUACCACCCAGAUUGUGUUGCCUCCUCACCUGGAAAGGAUAAGAGAAAAACUUGCAGAGAAUAUCCAUGAACUCUGGGUUAUGAACAAAAUUGAGCUUGGCUGGCAGUAUGGUCCGAUUAGAGAUGACAACAAGAGACAGCACCCUUGUCUGGUGGAGUUCGCCAAGCUGCCUGAACAGGAACGUAAUUACAAUCUACAGAUGUCACUGGAGACCCUGAAGACUUUGUUGGCAUUAGGAUGCCAUGUGGGUAUAUCGGAUGAACAUGCUGAUGAAAAAGUGAAAAAAAUGAAGCUACCCAAAAAUUACCAGCUGACCAGUGGAUACAAGCCUGCUCCUAUGGACCUGAGCUUUAUAAAACUCACCCCAUCCCAGGAAGCGAUGGUGGACAAACUGGCUGAAAAUGCCCAUAAUGUGUGGGCUCGAGAUCGAAUCCGUCAGGGCUGGACUUACGGAAUCCAACAGGAUGUAAAGAACAGAAGAAACCCCCGCCUUGUUCCCUAUGCACUUUUAGACGAUAGAACCAAGAAAUCAAAUAAGGACAGUCUUCGGGAGGCUGUCCGGACCCUGCUGGGAUAUGGCUACAACCUGGAAGCUCCUGAUCAAGAUCAUGCAGCUAGAGCCGAAGUGUGCAGCGGCACAGGGGAACGGUUCCGGAUUUUCCGUGCUGAGAAGACCUACGCUGUGAAGGCAGGAAGGUGGUAUUUUGAAUUUGAGGCUGUCACCGCUGGCGACAUGAGAGUUGGCUGGAGCAGACCAGGCUGUCAGCCUGAUCAGGAGCUGGGCUCGGAUGAAUAUGCUUUUGCCUUUGAUGGCUUUAAGGCCCAGCGGUGGCACCAGGGCAGUGAGCAUUACGGGCGCUCGUGGCAAGCAGGCGAUGUGGUGGGCUGCAUGGUUGAUAUGAACGAGCACACUGUGAUGUUCACUCUAAAUGGGGAGAUCCUUCUUGAUGAUUCUGGCUCAGAACUGGCUUUCAAGGACUUUGAGGUUGGUGAUGGAUUCAUACCUGUAUGUAGCCUUGGUGUGGCUCAGGUGGGCAGGAUGAACUUUGGAAAGGAUGUCAGCACCUUGAAGUAUUUUACCAUCUGUGGCUUGCAAGAGGGCUAUGAACCAUUUGCAGUGAAUACAAAUAGGGAUAUUACCAUGUGGCUAAGCAAGAGGCUUCCUCAGUUUCUUCAAGUUCCAUCAAACCAUGAACAUAUUGAGGUAACCAGAAUAGAUGGUACCAUAGACAGCUCUCCAUGCUUGAAGGUGACUCAGAAGUCCUUUGGGUCUCAGAACAGCAGCACUGAUAUCAUGUUUUAUCGUCUGAGCAUGCCAAUCGAGUGUGCAGAAGUCUUCUCCAAGACGGCUACAGGAGGACUCCCUGGGGCCGGCCUCUUUGGGCCCAAGAAUGACCUGGAGGAUUAUGAUGCAGAUUCAGAUUUUGAGGUUCUAAUGAAGACAGCUCAUGGCCAUCUGGUGCCUGAUCGAGUUGACAAAGAGAAAGAAGCUCCAAAGUCAGAGUUUAAUAACCACAAAGAUUAUGCUCAAGAAAAGCCCUCUCGUCUGAAACAAAGAUUUCUGCUUAGAAGAACAAAGCCAGAUUACAGCACCAGUCAUUCCGCAAGACUGACUGAAGAUGUCCUUGCCGAUGAUCGGGAUGACUAUGAUUACUUAAUGCAAACGUCCACGUACUAUUACUCUGUGAGAGUCUUUCCAGGACAAGAACCUGCUAACGUCUGGGUGGGCUGGAUCACAUCAGAUUUCCAUCAGUAUGAUACAGGCUUUGACUUGGAUAGAGUCCGUACAGUAACAGUGACUCUGGGAGAUGAGAAAGGAAAAGUCCAUGAAAGCAUCAAACGCAGCAACUGCUAUAUGGUGUGUGCGGGCGAAAGCAUGAGCCCUGGGCAAGGUCGCAACAACAAUGGGCUGGAGAUUGGCUGUGUGGUGGAUGUUGCCAGUGGAUUGCUCACGUUCACUGCUAAUGGCAAGGAAUUGAGCACAUAUUACCAGGUGGAGCCAAGUACUAAACUAUUUCCUGCAGUUUUUGCACAAGCUACAAGUCCCAAUGUUUUCCAAUUUGAGUUGGGACGAAUAAAGAAUGUAAUGCCGCUGUCAGCUGGAUUAUUCAAGAGUGAGCAUAAAAACCCCGUACCACAGUGCCCUCCACGUCUUCAUGUGCAGUUUUUAUCACAUGUUCUUUGGAGCAGAAUGCCAAACCAGUUUUUGAAGGUUGAUGUCUCCCGAAUCAGUGAACGCCAAGGCUGGCUGGUACAGUGUUUGGAUCCUUUGCAGUUCAUGUCACUUCAUAUCCCAGAGGAGAACAGGUCUGUGGACAUACUCGAACUGACGGAGCAGGAGGAACUGCUGAAGUUUCACUAUCACACUCUCCGCCUCUACUCAGCUGUGUGUGCUCUGGGGAACCACAGGGUGGCCCACGCCCUGUGCAGCCACGUGGAUGAGCCUCAGCUGCUCUACGCCAUCGAAAACAAGUACAUGCCUGGCUUGCUCCGUGCAGGCUACUAUGAUCUGCUCAUCGACAUCCACCUGAGCUCCUAUGCUACUGCCAGGCUUAUGAUGAACAAUGAAUUCAUCGUUCCCAUGACGGAAGAGACCAAGAGUAUUACUCUUUUCCCUGAUGAGAACAAAAAGCACGGUCUCCCUGGGAUUGGCCUUAGCACCUCCCUUAGGCCUCGAAUGCAGUUUUCCUCACCCAGUUUUGUGAGCAUCAGUAAUGAAUGCCAUCAGUAUAGUCCCGAGUUUCCCCUAGAUAUCCUAAAGGCCAAAACCAUUCAGAUGCUAACAGAAGCAGUCAGAGAGAGCAGCCUUCAUGCCCGGGACCCAGUCGGGGGUACCACUGAAUUCCUUUUUGUACCUCUGAUCAAGCUUUUCUAUACCCUGCUCAUCAUGGGCAUCUUCCACAAUGAGGACUUGAAGCACAUCCUGCAGCUGAUCGAGCCCAGCGUGUUUAAGGAAGCUGCCGCGCCAGAGGAGGAGACUAUAGGGUUAGAGAAGGAGCUCAGCAUGGAAGACUCAAAGCUGGAAGGAGCUGGUGAGGAAGACGUUAAGGCGGGUAAGAGGCCGAAGGAAGGUCUGCUCCAAAUGAAGCUGCCAGAGCCAGUUAAAUUGCAGAUGUGCCUACUACUUCAAUACCUCUGUGACUGUCAGGUCCGGCAUCGGAUAGAAGCCAUUGUAGCCUUUUCAGAUGACUUUGUAGCUAAACUUCAAGACAAUCAGCGCUUCCGAUAUAAUGAAGUUAUGCAAGCCUUAAAUAUGUCGGCUGCGCUCACAGCCAGAAAGACCAAGGAAUUUAGAUCCCCACCUCAAGAGCAGAUCAAUAUGCUUCUCAAUUUUAAGGAUGACAAAAGUGAAUGUCCUUGUCCUGAAGAAAUCAGAGACCAGCUCUUGGAUUUUCAUGAAGAUUUGAUGACUCAUUGUGGAAUUGAACUGGAUGAAGAUGGGUCUCUAGAUGGAAACAGUGAUUUAACAAUCCGAGGGCGCCUGCUGUCCCUGGUAGAAAAGGUGACAUACCUGAAGAAGAAGCAAGUAGAAAAACCAAUGGAGAGUGACUCUAAGAAAUCCUCCACUCUUCAGCAGUUGAUUUCUGAGACUAUGGUCCGGUGGGCACAGGAAUCUGUCAUUGAAGACCCUGAGUUGGUGAGGGCUAUGUUUGUGUUGCUUCAUCGACAGUAUGAUAGCAUUGGAGCUCUGGUCCGGGCUCUGCCAAAGACCUACACCAUAAACGGCGUCUCAGUGGAAGAUACCAUUAACCUGCUAGCAUCUCUUGGACAGAUUCGCUCUUUGUUGAGUGUCAGGAUGGGCAAAGAAGAGGAGAAGCUUAUGAUUCGUGGAUUGGGGGAUAUCAUGAAUAAUAAAGUAUUUUACCAGCACCCUAACUUGAUGAGGGCCCUUGGAAUGCAUGAAACAGUAAUGGAAGUCAUGGUGAAUGUUCUUGGUGGUGGUGAGUCCAAGGAAAUCACCUUUCCCAAGAUGGUGGCCAACUGUUGCCGCUUUCUGUGUUAUUUCUGUCGGAUAAGUAGGCAGAAUCAAAAAGCUAUGUUUGAUCAUCUUAGUUAUUUACUGGAAAAUAGCAGUGUUGGUCUUGCCUCGCCAGCUAUGAGAGGGUCUACACCUCUGGAUGUGGCUGCAGCCUCAGUGAUGGAUAAUAAUGAACUCGCCUUAGCUCUGCGUGAGCCUGAUCUGGAAAAGGUAGUCAGAUACUUGGCUGGUUGUGGACUGCAAAGUUGCCAAAUGCUAGUAUCAAAGGGUUAUCCAGACAUUGGGUGGAAUCCAGUCGAAGGAGAGCGAUAUCUUGACUUUCUUAGAUUUGCUGUCUUCUGUAAUGGGGAGAGUGUGGAAGAGAAUGCAAAUGUUGUGGUCCGAUUGCUCAUUCGGAGACCUGAAUGUUUUGGUCCUGCUUUGCGAGGGGAAGGUGGAAAUGGUCUUCUGGCUGCCAUGGAAGAAGCCAUAAAAAUAGCUGAAGACCCUUCAAGAGAUGGCCCCUCACCCACGAGUGGAUCCAGUAAAACACUUGAUACAGAAGAAGAGGAGGACGACACCAUCCAUAUGGGGAACGCCAUCAUGACUUUUUAUGCAGCUUUGAUUGACCUGCUGGGACGCUGCGCCCCUGAGAUGCAUUUGAUUCAUGCUGGUAAGGGAGAAGCUAUUAGGAUCAGGUCUAUUUUGAGAUCCUUAAUUCCACUGGGAGAUUUGGUGGGAGUAAUCAGCAUUGCUUUUCAGAUGCCAGCAAUAGCCAAAGAUGGGAAUGUGGUGGAGCCUGACAUGUCUGCAGGGUUUUGCCCAGAUCACAAGGCAGCCAUGGUUUUGUUCCUUGACAGGGUCUAUGGGAUUGAGGUUCAAGAUUUCCUCCUCCAUCUGCUUGAGGUUGGCUUUCUGCCAGAUCUCCGUGCUGCUGCCUCUUUAGAUACGGCUGCUCUGAGUGCUACAGACAUGGCCUUGGCCCUCAAUCGCUACCUGUGCACUGCAGUCUUGCCUUUGUUGACAAGAUGUGCUCCCCUUUUUGCGGGCACGGAGCACCACGCUUCCCUCAUUGACUCCUUACUCCACACUGUGUACAGACUCUCUAAGGGCUGCUCACUUACCAAAGCUCAACGUGACUCCAUAGAAGUGUGUUUACUCUCCAUUUGUGGCCAGUUGAGACCUUCCAUGAUGCAGCACUUACUCCGAAGAUUCGUGUUUGAUGUCCCAUUACUAAACGAACACGCAAAGAUGCCCCUUAAGCUGCUGACAAACCAUUAUGAAAGAUGCUGGAAAUAUUACUGCCUACCAGGAGGAUGGGGGAACUUUGGUGCUGCAUCAGAAGAAGAACUUCAUUUAUCAAGAAAAUUGUUCUGGGGCAUUUUUGAUGCCCUGUCUCAAAAGAAAUAUGAGCAAGAACUUUUCAAACUGGCUCUGCCUUGCCUGAGUUCAGUUGCGGGAGCUUUGCCUCCAGACUACAUGGAGUCAAAUUAUGUCAGUAUGAUGGAAAAACAGUCAUCAAUGGAUUCUGAAGGGAACUUUAACCCACAACCUGUUGAUACCUCAAAUAUUACAAUUCCUGAAAAGUUGGAAUACUUCAUUAAUAAAUAUGCAGAACAUUCCCAUGACAAAUGGUCAAUGGACAAGUUGGCAAAUGGAUGGAUUUAUGGAGAAGUAUAUUCAGAUUCUUCUAAGGUUCAGCCACUAAUGAAACCUUAUAAACUAUUAUCUGAAAAGGAAAAGGAAAUUUAUCGCUGGCCAAUCAAAGAAUCUUUAAAAACGAUGCUGGCUUGGAGCUGGAGAAUUGAAAGAACCCGGGAAGGAGACAGUAUGGCUCUUUAUAAUCGGACUCGACGUAUUUCUCAGACAAGCCAGGUUUCCGUAGAUGCUGCCCACGGCUACAGCCCCCGAGCCAUUGACAUGAGCAAUGUUACCCUCUCCAGAGAUCUGUAUGCUAUGGCAGAAAUGAUGGCGGAGAAUUACCAUAAUAUAUGGGCCAAGAAAAAGAAAAUGGAACUGGAGUCCAAAGGAGGUGGAAACCAUCCCUUGUUGGUGCCCUAUGAUACACUGACAGCCAAAGAAAAAGCCAAGGACAGGGAAAAAGCCCAGGAUAUUCUCAAGUUCUUACAGAUCAAUGGAUAUGCUGUGUCCAGAGGGUUCAAGGAUCUGGAACUGGACACGCCUUCUAUUGAGAAACGAUUUGCCUAUAGUUUUCUCCAACAACUCAUUCGCUAUGUGGAUGAAGCCCAUCAGUAUAUCCUGGAGUUUGAUGGUGGUUGCAGAAGCAAAGGAGAACAUUUCCCGUAUGAACAAGAAAUCAAGUUCUUUGCUAAAGUUGUGCUUCCUUUAAUUGAUCAGUAUUUCAAAAACCAUCGCUUGUACUUCUUAUCUGCAGCAAGCAGGCCUCUGUGUUCUGGAGGACAUGCAUCAAACAAAGAGAAAGAAAUGGUGACUAGCCUAUUCUGCAAACUUGGAGUUCUUGUCAGGCAUAGGAUUUCACUAUUUGGAAAUGAUGCUACAUCGAUUGUCAACUGUCUUCAUAUUUUGGGUCAGACUUUGGAUGCAAGGACCGUGAUGAAGACCGGCCUGGACAGUGUGAAAAGUGCCCUCCGGGCCUUUCUGGACAACGCAGCAGAGGACCUGGAGAAGACCAUGGAAAACCUGAAGCAAGGCCAGUUCACACACACCCGGAACCAGCCCAAAGGCGUCACACAGAUCAUCAACUACACUACGGUGGCCCUCCUGCCCAUGCUCUCGUCAUUAUUUGAGCACAUUGGACAGCAUCAGUUUGGAGAAGAUCUGAUACUGGAAGAUGUACAGGUGUCCUGUUACAGAAUCCUGACUAGCUUAUACACUUUGGGAACUAGCAAGAGUAUCUAUGUGGAGAGGCAACGUUCUGCAUUAGGAGAAUGUCUGGCUGCCUUCGCUGGUGCCUUUCCCGUAGCGUUUUUGGAAACUCAUCUGGACAAACAUAAUGUUUACUCUAUCUACAAUACUAAGUCUUCACGAGAGAGAGCAGCUCUCAAUUUGCCAACUAAUGUGGAAGACGUUUGUCCUACUAUCCCAUCUUUGGAGAAACUCAUGGAUGAGAUUGUGGAACUGGCCGAAUCUGGCAUUCGCUAUACACAAAUGCCACACGUAAUGGAAGUUAUACUGCCCAUGCUUUGCAGCUACAUGUCUCGUUGGUGGGAACAUGGGCCUGAGAACAAUAUGGAAAGGGCUGAAAUGUGUUGCACAGCUCUGAACUCAGAGCACAUGAAUACACUUCUUGGGAAUAUAUUGAAAAUUAUAUAUAAUAACUUGGGAAUUGAUGAAGGUGCCUGGAUGAAGAGGUUAGCAGUGUUUUCCCAGCCAAUUAUAAAUAAAGUGAAACCUCAGCUCUUGAAAACUCACUUCUUGCCAUUGAUGGAGAAACUCAAGAAAAAGGCCGCCAUGGUGGUAUGUGAGGAAGAUCAUCUGAAAGCAGAGGCCAGAGGUGAUAUGUCUGAGGCUGAACUCCUCAUUCUAGAUGAGUUCACUACACUGGCCAGAGAUCUCUAUGCCUUUUAUCCUCUGUUGAUUAGAUUCGUGGACUUCAACAGGGCAAAGUGGCUAAAGGAACCUAACCCAGAAGCAGAGGAACUCUUCCGUAUGGUGGCCGAAGUGUUUAUUUAUUGGUCAAAAUCCCAUAAUUUCAAAAGAGAAGAGCAGAACUUUGUGGUACAGAAUGAAAUCAACAAUAUGUCUUUCCUUAUUACUGAUACCAAGUCAAAGAUGUCAAAGGCCGCUGUUUCUGAUCAGGAAAGGAAGAAAAUGAAACGGAAAGGAGACCGCUAUUCUAUGCAGACCUCUCUGAUCGUAGCCGCUCUGAAGCGACUGCUGCCCAUUGGCUUGAACAUCUGUGCCCCUGGGGACCAGGAGCUCAUUGCUUUGGCCAAGACUCGCUUUAGUCAGAAAGACACCGAGGAUGAAGUAAGAGAUAUAAUCCGCAGUAAUAUUCAUUUACAAGGCAAGUUAGAGGAUCCUGCUAUUAGAUGGCAGAUGGCUCUUUACAAAGACUUACCUAACAGGACCGAAGAGACUUCAGAUCCAGAGAAGACAGUAGAACGAGUUUUGGAUAUAGCAAAUGUCCUUUUUCAUCUUGAACAGGUUAUCCUGGAGUCCUACUGUGACAUUAUAGAGCACCGAGCUGUCAAUCUCUUUCUUCAGGGAUAUGAAAAGUCUUGGAUUGAAACAGAAGAACAUUACUUUGAAGAUAAACUGAUAGAAGAUUUAGCAAAACCGGGAGUGGCUCCGGCAGAAGAAGACGAAGGCACUAAGAGAGUUGACCCUCUCCAUCAGCUGAUCCUUCUGUUUAGUCGAACAGCUUUGACAGAGAAAUGCAAACUAGAAGAAGAUUUUUUAUAUAUGGCUUAUGCAGAUAUUAUGGCAAAGAGUUGUCAUGAUGAGGAAGAUGAUGAUGGUGAAGAAGAAGUGAAGAGUUUUGAAGUCACAGGAUCCCAACGCAGCAAGGAAAAAGAAAUGGAAAAGCAAAAGCUUCUAUACCAGCAAGCCAGACUCCACGAUCGAGGCGCCGCUGAGAUGGUACUACAGACAAUCAGUGCCAGCAAAGGUGAAAUGGGGCCAAUGGUAGCUGCUACUUUGAAACUUGGAAUUGCUAUCUUAAAUGGUGGGAACUCGACAGUGCAACAGAAAAUGCUGGACUACCUUAAAGAGAAGAAGGAUGUGGGCUUUUUUCAGAGCCUUGCUGGCCUGAUGCAGACGUGUAGUGUGCUGGACCUAAAUGCAUUUGAGCGACAAAACAAAGCUGAAGGACUUGGGAUGGUGACAGAGGAAGGAUCAGGAGAGAAAGUACUACAGGAUGACGAGUUCACCUGUGACCUCUUCCGAUUCCUCCAACUUCUUUGUGAGGGACAUAAUUCAGAUUUUCAAAAUUAUCUGAGAACACAGACUGGCAACAAUACAACCGUCAAUAUAAUCAUCUCUACUGUGGACUACCUACUAAGAGUUCAGGAAUCAAUUAGUGAUUUCUAUUGGUAUUACUCUGGGAAAGAUGUUAUUGAUGAACAAGGACAACGGAAUUUCUCUAAAGCAAUUCAAGUAGCUAAACAAGUCUUCAACACUCUUACUGAAUAUAUUCAGGGUCCCUGCACUGGGAAUCAGCAGAGUUUGGCACACAGUAGACUGUGGGACGCUGUGGUGGGGUUUCUUCAUGUCUUUGCACACAUGCAAAUGAAGCUGUCUCAGGAUUCCAGUCAAAUUGAACUAUUAAAAGAAUUAAUGGAUCUUCAGAAGGAUAUGGUGGUCAUGCUGCUGUCCAUGUUAGAAGGUAAUGUUGUGAAUGGAACAAUUGGCAAACAGAUGGUUGAUAUGCUUGUAGAGUCGUCCAACAAUGUCGAGAUGAUUCUCAAAUUUUUUGACAUGUUCUUAAAGCUGAAGGACUUGACAUCUUCUGAUACGUUUAAAGACUAUGACCCUGAUGGCAAGGGAGUCAUUUCUAAGCGGGACUUCCAUAAAGCAAUGGAGAGCCAUAAGCACUACACGCAAUCGGAAACAGAGUUUCUUUUGUCCUGUGCGGAGACAGAUGAAAACGAAACGCUGGACUACGAAGAGUUUGUAAAACGCUUCCACGAACCUGCAAAGGAUAUCAGCUUCAAUGUUGCUGUCCUCCUGACAAAUCUGUCAGAACACAUGCCCAAUGAUUCCCGACUGCAGACUUUCCUUGAAUUGGCAGAGAGCGUAUUGAAUUACUUCCAGCCCUUUCUGGGACGCAUUGAGAUCAUGGGAAGUGCUAAGCGCAUUGAGAGGGUUUAUUUUGAAAUCAGUGAAUCGAGCCGGACCCAAUGGGAGAAGCCCCAGGUCAAAGAAUCCAAAAGGCAGUUCAUAUUUGAUGUGGUCAACGAAGGAGGAGAGAAAGAGAAAAUGGAGCUCUUCGUGAACUUCUGUGAGGACACCAUAUUUGAAAUGCAGCUGGCAGCUCAGAUCUCAGAGUCAGACUUGAAUGAGAGGUCCACAAAUAAGGAAGACAGUGAGAAAGAGAAGCCCGAAGAGCAGGAGCCAAGAAUGGGGUUCUUUUCGAUUCUGACAGUCAAGUCUGCACUGUUUGCUCUCAGAUAUAAUAUCUUGACUCUUAUGAGAAUGCUCAGCCUGAAGAGCUUGAAAAAACAGAUGAAGAAAGUGAAGAAGAUGACAAUGAAGGACAUCGUCAUGGCCUUCUUUUCAUCCUAUUGGAGUAUUUUCUUGAGCCUCUUGCACUUUGUAGCCAGUGUUUUCCGAGGCUUUUUCCGCAUUAUUUGUAGCCUGCUGUUGGGAGGGAGCCUAGUCGAAGGUGCUAAAAAGAUCAAAGUUGCAGAACUCUUAGCCAAUAUGCCAGACCCCACUCAGGAUGAAGUCAGAGGAGAUGGAGAGGAGGGAGAGAGGAAACCCAUGGAAGUCGCCCUGCCCUCUGAGGACCUGACAGACUUAAAGGAGCUCACAGAGGAAAGCGACCUUCUUUCGGACAUAUUUGGCUUGGAUCUGAAGAGAGAAGGCGGGCAGUACAAACUUAUUCCUCACAAUCCAAAUGCUGGCCUUAGUGACCUAAUGAGCAACCCUGUCCCCAUACCUGAGGUGCAAGAAAAAGUUCAGGAACAGAAGGUAAAAGAAGAAAAGGAAGGAAAAGAAGAAAGCAAAUCGGAACCGGAGAAAGCCGAGGGAGAGGAUGGAGAAAAAGAAGAAAAGUCCAAAGAAGACAAGGGUAAACAAAAGUUGAGGCAACUUCACACACAUAGAUAUGGAGAGCCAGAAGUUCCAGAGUCAGCAUUCUGGAAGAAAAUCAUAGCCUAUCAACAGAAACUUCUAAACUAUUUUGCUCGCAACUUUUACAACAUGAGAAUGUUAGCCUUAUUUGUUGCGUUUGCAAUCAAUUUCAUCUUGCUCUUUUAUAAGGUCUCCACCUCUUCUGUGGUUGAAGGAAAGGAGCCGCCCCCUCGAAGUUCAGGUGACAGUGCCCACAUAAGCAGCCUGGACAGUGGCUCCCCGAGCCUCAUUGCAGUUCACUACGUCCUGGAGGAGAGCAGCGGCUACAUGGAACCCAUGCUGCGCAUUUUAGCUAUUCUCCACACGGUCAUUUCUUUCUUCUGCAUCAUCGGAUACUACUGCUUGAAAGUCCCCUUGGUAAUUUUUAAGCGCGAAAAGGAAGUAGCACGAAAAUUGGAAUUUGAUGGACUUUAUAUUACAGAACAGCCUUCAGAAGAUGAUAUUAAAGGCCAGUGGGAUAGACUCGUAAUCAACACUCAGUCAUUCCCUAACAACUACUGGGAUAAAUUUGUUAAAAGAAAGGUUAUGGAUAAGUAUGGAGAGUUCUAUGGCCGAGAUAGAAUCAGUGAGCUGUUAGGCAUGGACAAAGCAGCCUUGGAUUUCAGCGAUGCCAGAGAGAAGAAGAAACCAAAGAAAGACAGCUCCUUGUCGGCCGUAUUGAACUCUAUUGAUGUGAAGUAUCAGAUGUGGAAAUUAGGAGUUGUUUUCACUGACAAUUCCUUCCUUUACCUAGCCUGGUAUAUGACUAUGUCCAUCCUGGGACAUUAUAACAACUUUUUUUUCGCUGCUCACCUUCUUGACAUCGCUAUGGGAUUCAAGACUUUAAGAACCAUCUUAUCAUCUGUAACUCACAAUGGCAAACAGCUUGUCUUAACUGUUGGCUUGUUAGCUGUUGUCGUAUACCUAUACACUGUUGUGGCAUUCAACUUUUUCCGAAAAUUCUACAAUAAGAGUGAAGAUGGUGAUACACCAGAUAUGAAAUGUGACGAUAUGUUAACGUGCUAUAUGUUCCAUAUGUACGUUGGGGUACGUGCUGGUGGGGGCAUCGGUGAUGAGAUUGAGGACCCAGCAGGAGACGAAUAUGAGAUCUAUCGCAUCAUCUUCGACAUCACCUUCUUCUUCUUUGUCAUUGUCAUUCUCUUGGCCAUAAUACAAGGUUUAAUUAUUGAUGCUUUCGGAGAAUUAAGAGACCAACAGGAACAAGUUAAGGAAGACAUGGAGACCAAAUGCUUCAUCUGUGGGAUAGGCAAUGAUUACUUCGACACAGUGCCACAUGGCUUUGAAAGCCACACUUUACAGGAGCACAACUUGGCCAAUUACCUGUUUUUUCUGAUGUAUCUUAUAAACAAAGAUGAGACAGAGCACACAGGACAGGAAUCUUAUGUCUGGAAGAUGUAUCAAGAAAGAUGCUGGGAAUUUUUCCCAGCAGGGGAUUGCUUCCGGAAACAGUAUGAAGACCAGCUAAACUAA